GUAGCUAGCAUUAUUUAUACUAGUUUAUUUUGACUACUAAUUAGAUUUGUUAUUCCAUAACAAAGUGGUGUUGUAUUCCGGCAAAUGUAAAAUAAAUAAAUAAUUGUAAUUCUAAAGCAAAAUAAUAAAAUAAAGUUUUUGGCGCUUUAAAAAUGAUGUCUACACAACAUAGCACUGAGUACAACGACGUUACAGGCAAAAAGGAAUGGCAGCGUUGGUGCCGUCUCUGUGCAAAAUGUGAUGGCCAAUAUUUUGAUAUAUUCAUGAAGGAAUCCCAAACACGAUAUUCGCAGCAACAGCUUGUCUCAACCAUAAAUAAAUGCUUUCAAAUACAAAUACAACCAUGCGAUGGGCUUCCAGUAUUAUUGUGUGCAGAAUGUUAUACAUUCAUUAAUUACAUGAGAAAUUACGCGGAGCAUGUUAUAAAGGUGCAAGCAAUGUACCAAGAUUUGUUGCACUCAACUUACUCACCCGAAACUGAUGUAAAAGCAAUUUAUGAGAAAUACGGCAUAAUCAAAUUGGAACCUUACGUGCAACAGCAUUUGCCUGAAACAGUACGUACUACAACACCCACUGCCAUCGAACAAAUAUUUGUAAUGGAUGAUCCAGUGUUAACUAUUAAAGCUGAAGAUAUGGAAGAGUUGCAGACGACAGUACGAAAUCUCGAAGCUGAAAUUAAAUUAGAAUUUCCAGAGCCCUUCGCACAUAAUGCUACAAGAAGUAUGCAAGAGCUGAGUGAAGAUAGUGAUAACAGUGCAAGUAACAGCCAGACAUUUACUUCCGACUCUGAAGAUGGAGCUGAAGAAACAAAAUCGAUCAAAGUGCAAAGCGCAAAUACUCAAGUGAAGUUGAGCAGCAAAUCUGUUAGUGAUAAUGAUAAAGACGGUGGAAGUUACGUUUGCGAAAGCUGCAAUCAGCGCUUUGUGCAGUACAGAAAUUAUGUGUGCCAUAUGAAGAUUAAACACGGCACAGAGACACCGCAUCAAUGCACGAGCUGCGCAUGUUACUUCAAAUAUAAAAAGGAGUUGCAACGACACAUUCGAAAAAUGCAUGCACCGACGAUUUAUCCCUGCCAACAUUGUGAACGGAAAUUCAAAAGAGCCAAAGAUGCCGAAAAUCACAUCAAAGCCGAGCACAAAGGUGAAGGCUCGUUCAUUUGUGAAGAGUGUGGUGAAAGUGUGCGUACCAAAGAGAAGUUACUCGAACAUAUGGCCGUGCACACGGGCCGUGGCGCAUUCGAGUGCAAAGAUUGUGGCAAAUGCUUUGCGCGUAAAUUCUAUUUACAGCGGCACGCAGAAAUCCAUGGUGACAAACAUGUUUGUGGCGAAUGUGGCGUAGAGCUGACGACAUCCAAAGCGCUCAAAUUGCACAUGAAAGUGCACUCGACUGAAAUGCCCUACAAAUGUGACUAUUGUGGACGCAGAUUUAAACGUACAAAGAAUCUGAAAAGUCACCUCAUUACACACACGGGUCUGAAGCCAUACUCCUGCGAUUUCUGCGAUAAAACAUUUUCGACCGGCUCAAGCUGUCGUUAUCACAAAAAGCAUUUGCAUCCAAAAGAACUAGCCGAAUUAGAGGCGGCAGGCAUAAAAGCAUAUACCAAAAAUAUACCCAAAAUAGAAGUACUAAAGGCGAUCACACAAGUGACUGGUAAAGUGAAAGAAUCUGAUGUUAGUGUAAGUGUAAGUGAUAAGCGCAUAAGACUACCAAAACUGGAUGCUGAAUUACCUGAUACGUAGAAUACAACAUUGUGGAAUUUAAUUUGGAAUAAAGUGCAUGAAACACUUAGGCAAUAAAGUGCAUGAUUUUCAGUCAAGCUCAAUUUGGAAACAAAAUGUAUGUUUGUUGUAGCGCUGACUCUGAAGGUUUAGUAUAGAAGUUUCGAAGUAGAUCGUAAUAGAUGCUAAAUGAAACGAAAAAUUUUUAACUUAUAAAUCCUUAAAUUAUACGAAAAAUUUUUAUAAGAAUUCUGCAAAAAAGUGUUUACUAAAUAAAGUACUAAUACUAAAUAAAUAAAAACACCAACUUUAAAACAUUUUUGUGUUUCUUUUAUUCAUGUUUUGUACAUCUUAAAUCACCAUUUAAUAUGCUAAACACACAUCAGCGUUGCUGUUUUGUAAAAGUGCAUAGAAAUAUGUAUGUUUCUACGUUAUUAAAUAAUAAAUACUGGCAGAAAGCAAUUUACAACAAAAAAUAUUUACAUAGAAAUGAACAAUUGCGCAUUUCAUAUGCAUGAAUAAAAAAAUAAUUAGUGCAUUUUUUGAAUCUUACAAAAGCUUACAAUAAACACAGCGUUUCACAAACAUUUUUAAAGCAAAAGAAAAGCACUGCAUUUUAGUACAUAAUUGAACAUUCAAUUCAGUUACGAGCGCGUUCUAAUGGCGGUAUUUUUUAUUUGUUCUACUUUAAUUAUUA